UGGGCUCGGUGCCGCCGUGUGGAGCACCGGCCUCUGAUCCCGGUGACACGUCGAUCCUAUAGAUCCACAGAGGGAAGUUUUCCUCCAGCGACCUGAGGACUGAGGCGGAUUGUUGCACGGAGCCUGGUGCGUUCACGCCAUGAUGCUCUGAAGCCGCUGCAUGAGGCAGCCUGGACGAACACGAUGGAGGAGGCUGCCAGUCGACUCGAGCGAGACCAUGUGCACAGCGUCUAUGACAAGAUUGCUCCAUAUUUCAACGACAGCCGCUACAAAGCCUGGCCAAAGGUACGACAGUUCCUGCUGGACCUGCAGCCCGGGAGCAUCGUUGCUGACAUUGGUUGUGGCAAUGGCAAGUAUCUCCACAUCAACGAGGAAGUGUUCAAGCUGGGUUGCGAUGUGUGUCGCCCCCUGGUGGACUUUGCCUGGAGCCAAGGACACGAAGUCCAGAUAUGUGACGGACUGCAUUUGCCUUACAGAGACGGCUGCUUCGAUGCUGUGCUCUCUAUUGCAGUCAUCCAUCACUUGUCCACCAAAGAGCGUCGUAUUCGAGCAAUAAAGGAGAUGGCUCGCACCCUGCGAGUGGGUGGACGCAUCAUGAUCUACGUGUGGGCCAUGGAGCAGAAGCGGCGUAAAUUUGAAAAGCAGGACAUCUUCGUUCCCUGGAACCCCAAUCCCCACGCGCCCGCCGGCCUCAGCAGGGAGCACGUCAAACCCAGGAGGAGAGCGACAGCACAGAGCGUGAGCGAAGCCAUAGACAACACUGAAAAGCACAGGAAGGUUCGAAGCACAUCCUCUGUGGCGGACGAAGAAGAUCUGUCCCGCAGCGCGCCGCAGCAGAGGACUCAGAGACUGUGGUUCUUCUCCAGGUCUCUGGAUUCUGUGUUUGACUUCGGGAGCUUAGCCAUCUCCCGCUCGUCCUCCAGAGACCUGAGCACUUUAUCCUCCCCCUCAGGCGAAAGCGAGGGGAACAAGGCCAGCCAGCGCGGGAGAGGACGAGGCCUCAUCAAGCAGGUCUCCAGCUUCUUUUCCCCUCCGUCUGUGAUCGGAUCGGAGGAGGACGUGUUCGGCUCCGUCACAGACCUGCACAAGGGACAGAACGACCCCGGAGGCAACAACAGCACCGCUAACAACAACGGCACAGAAAACCAGAGCGUCUCAGUGUCUCUGGCCCAGGAGUGCGGCUCUUGGGCUCUGCCGGAUCUCGUCUCUCUGCAGCGGGAGCACCUGAAGCAGUGUGAAGAUGAAAGCGAGGGAGGGCAGCAGGGAGAAGAGCAGCGGGAAAGCACAGGGAGUCCUCGGGGGAGCAAAGGGCAGGUGGAAGGCUCCUGCCUGAGGUACUAUCACGUCUUCAGGGAGGGAGAGCUGGCGGAGCUGAUUGAGAAUAACGUCGAAGAGCUCCACGUGAAACACACCUACUUCGACCACGCCAACUGGUGUGUGGUGGCAGAGAGAGUUCAGCUGUGGAAGAUCUGAUUUGAACUGGUUUACUUUGCAUCGCCUCUGCCUCAAAUUUUAGCACUGAAUCACACAUUUGAUAAGUAUUGAAUAGAGAUGUUGUUGGAGGUACACGUAACACUAAACUACUCCACCGCUGACAUUCUUUACUCAGCUGUUGAAAAAGUGUGAUUUUUUUAUUAUUUAAAUGUUUAUUUAAGGAGUCAGCUGGGUGUCACUGUUUUAGAAGGUCACUGUAAUGUUUUAGCACACAGAGGAUGACAAUGUUCAACAAUGGCUCUUACUGUAUACAAUACCACAGUUUUUUAAAGUAUUUAAAUACAUGAAGCCAACAAGCAGUAUCCAAAUGUCCAGCGUAAGUUCUCUUUUACAGUCAGGAAUUUGUUUUUAGUAUUUUUUUCCACAGUGGCUGAUUUUAGCUCUUUUAAAAGAACAUUUCUGUAAGAAGAAAUGUUAAGAAAUGCACUGUUUUUGUCUUUGGAUUUCAAAUAUUAGCCUAGGAGGUAUUUGGGAGAUUACCAGAUACACUUUCAUCUGCUGUUACAUGUUUUAACGCAUUCAUUUCAGUGGAAACGUCUCACUUCUCGUGUGUCUGCCUGCUUUACAGUCGCACGUUCCUGUCACGGACGUUCUCGGUGAGGCUUUCUGUAAAACCGUAAUCUGUCACAAAACCGUCGUGGAAAAAAGUCGUGCAGAAUCUCUUCCAAAACAAUUAGUGCCAUCGUCUCGUUUUGUUUCAAAGAUCACGUCGCCAAGUGUGUGCGCUCGAUGUUAAUAUUUGCAAUAGUUGUGUAUCGUCUUGUAACUUGGCUGAGCACACUAGUGCGUCUCAGCAAAUCAACUGCCUCAUAUACUGUGAAUAAACAUUGCACUGCACCACCAAAUAUGUCGCUGCUUGAUGUCAGUGAAUGACGUAAAAAAAAAAAAAAUAGGUGAAACUUGAAACAUGCUGGUGAUCUGUGAACAUUGUGCCACGGAUGGUGCAUCUUCUCAUCAGUACAGUGUGUGUGUAUGGACCAACUGUGUUUGUUCUGCAGUGGCAGCGGUACCUUAAUGUCUUAUGUGACCUGAUGUAAACACUUCUGGGUUUGAUUUUUCCUUAUUAAACAUUUUUGUUCAUUA